AUGAAGGGUUUUCAGCAGAAAACUGAAGCAUCCAUAAGGGAGUUGACCACAUCAAUUGAGAAAUUAAACUCUCAAGGGAAACUGCCAUCACAAACAGAACCAAACCCGAGACAGAAUGAGAAUGCAGUAACGUUACGAAGCGGAAAGAUCCUGGAACCAGUUCUUGGCAAGAAUCUUGGACGAUUAAAUCAGUGUAAAAAAAGUAAGGAAGACAAGGAGAUCCUCGAAACAUUCAGGAAUGUUGAGAUCAACUUACCACUGUUAGAUGCCAUUAGACAGAUUCCGCGGUAUGCCAAGUUCUUCAAAGAACUUUGCACCAACAAACUAAAACUAACAGGUAAUGAAAAGGUAAGUGUUGGUGAGAAUGUUUCUGCAGUUCUACAGCGAAAAAUGCCGGUUAAAUGCAAAGAUAGGGACAGGUCUAUUGUGCAUCCCGAAGGAGUCCUCGAGGACGUCUUGGUAAAAGUUAAUGAACUUAUUUUCCCUGCAGAUUUCUACGUAAUUAAGAUGGAGGAGGACAACACUGCUAGAUCUUCAGACCUCCUGUUGGGCCGACCCUUCCUUAGUACUGCUAGCACCAAGAUCGAUGUCCGAAGUGGCACUCUUACGAUGGAAUUUGAUGGGGAGAUCGUGAAAUUCAAUGUUUACGAUGCCAUUACCCAUCCAAGCGAAAUCUUGAGCGUAAACCGAGUCGACCUGAUUGACUCAUUAGUGAACGAGACUUUUGAGUCAACUUAUGAAGACGAAUCUGAAUAUAGAUAUGAUGAUUAUGAAUUUGUUAAGACAUUAUUAUCACCAUCAGAAACUAAGCUUCUACCUUCUGUUGUGCAGGUUCCAGAUUUGGAAUUGAAACCACUUCUCGCGCAUCUCAAGUAUGCAUUUUUAGGAAAAGGUUUCUUCCAGAUCCCUAUUGCGCCAGAAGACCAGGAAAAGACCACUUUUACAUACCCGUUCGGCACGUUUGCAUACAGGAGGAUGCCAUUUGGACUUUGCAACGCACCAGCUACCUUCUAG